AUGACUGAAUGCAUUGUGGAAUCACUGUUGUCCCGCUCAUUUGGAUUGAGACCUUUUUCCGAGAAACGAGAGAUCGUCGAAGGUGGCCGUCCCACUCCUGAGUUGCAAGGACUACAUACAACAUCCAAGCGAAGUGGUAAAGUCUUUAUUCGAAGUUUUCAGACGUCAAAUUACAAAGGUCGGGUGGAGCUGGAGGAGUCUGCCAACAGGGGCAAUUACGUCGAAUUGAUAAAACUGCUAAGUGCAUAUGACCCCACGCUUGAACAGCAUCUUCAUACAGCAACCGUGUUUUCUGGACUUUCUAAUCGUAUCCAGAACGAUUUGAUUGUUGCUGUCAAGGACGUUAUGUUGAAAGCAAUACAAGAUGAAGUGAUGAGGAGCCCAUUUGUCGCUAUUUCCCUGGAUGAAACCUCUGACGUUAAGACCUUAUCGCAGCUAACAACUAUAGUUCGCUAUGUCAACCCAGAUGGUAAAGCUGUGAAGCGCUUUCUUGGAUUUACCGAUGUAAGUGAGGAUAGAACUGCGGCUAGACUGAAACAAGAAGUCGGUAAAACCCUGAACGAGUACGGAUGCGGCGAAAAACUGAUUGCCCAAACGUAUGACGGUGCGAGUGUGAUGUCAGGAGAACUGUCCGGUUUGCAAACACGACUGUCUCGUCAACUAAAGAGUGUCGUAUAUUUUUUAAAACCGUCACUGGUCUUUCAUCCUUUUUUUCACGCCUCGUCCAAGAGAACAUACCUGUUGGACACAGUUGUCGGCAGACGCAUUCCCACUGGAACAGCUGUUCGAUGGCACUAUCAGAGCAGGUUAAUCCAUGCUGUACUGGAGACAAGAGCAAAGCUGCUCGAAGUUUUCGAAUACAUCAUCGAAAAUGAUGACGAGUUUGACGGUACGACGUUAAACGAAGCGAGGGGCUACCGACAAGUUCUUGCAGAUUUCCAGUUUGUGUUCUGCCUUAAAAUAUUUUCAGAAAUACUUGGUCUUACGGAUGUUUUGUAUAAUAUCAUUCAGAGUAAGCAGUUCGAUAUUGUCUUCUGUGUCACGAAAGUUCGCGAGACGAAAGAUAAGAUUCAAGAACAACGAACAAAAUUCGUAGAUUAUUGGAAUUUUACGUCAAGUAUCGUCAAAAUAGCACUGAAACACGGGCAAAGUGAAGAGGAUGUAAAGGCGUCCUUCCGUCAAAUGUUUUUCUGUGUAGUCGAUACCAUUGUCGUGCAGAUUGACUCUAGAUUCGAAAGUCUUAACAGCAGAGCAUUCGUUUCUUUGUUGGAUCAUUCAAAACACGAAUUGUACAGCCGGAAUUUUCCCGAACGAGAGCUGCAAUCGUUGCAAGAUUCAUAUGGAACAUUCUUUAAUCUUCAAGCACUAAAAAGAGAACUAAUCGUUGUAUACGCAUCUGCCGAGCUCAAGAGGUGUACCGAUUGUGUCAGCUCAUUCUUACUAUGCCAAUACACAAGGGCAAGAGCGACUUUCUGCAUUGGCUACAAUUUCAAUCGAGAAGGAGAUGUUGAUAAGUUUGCAGGGGAAGCCACGAUUCUAUGA